AUGGUGAUACGCACUGACGAUGCCGGUGAAAAGUCUGUGAAUGUGCCACGUCCACGGUCCGACCUUGAAAAUGCUAAUGCAUACAAUGGACGCCGGACUAGGUGCCUUCCUCCAAGUCUUCCCACCAAAAUGACCAAGUUGCGAAAACAAGGUCCAAACAGAGCACUUCCGAAAGGGGACCAUAAACUGGCCAACAACGACACAACGAAGCGGAGAGCUUUUUCAAAAGAAGGCGUCAGGCCCAUUCCGCACUCGAAGAUGAUGUAG